CCAAACACCGACUUCUAGGUCACCACUUACCUUCGUCAUCUCCAUUAAUUCUGUACCAGUCUUUCCUGCGCACAACAAAACCAACCGGGUGACGGGUUUCUCAUCUUGCACCCACAGCUCACUGCGCAUCUUCUUUCAGCGCUUACCAUCACAGCCAUCCCGCAUCCUUUCGUCCGACCUCACCGAUCACCUUACCCUUCUCCCCUUGUGAUUGCAGCCCUCCGCUGCCCGAAAGCUAGCCAAGAUGAAGGUCACCUUCAAGGACUUGAAGCAACAAAAAUUCACGCUCGAUGUUGAGCCCACCGACCUUGUCUCUGCUGUCAAGCAGAAGAUUGCCGGAGAGAAGGGAUGGGAUCCCAAGGACCAGAAGCUUAUCUACUCUGGCAAGAUCUUGAAGGACGACGACACUGUUGAGUCCUACAAGAUUGAAGAGAAGGGAUUCGUCGUCUGCAUGGUCAACAAGCCCAAGGUACCCAAGCCCACGCCUGCCGCUGAAUCCUCGGCGCCCGCUGUCCCGGCGACUCCCGCUCAGCCCGUUGCCGCGACUCCGGCCGCACCUCCCGCUCCCGCUGCCCACGCUGCCGCGCCCGCCGCCGCCGCUCCCGCCACGCCCACCCCCGCUGCCAGGACCACAGGCGGCGGCGAUGCUGGACCCACGGACCCGUCGAUGGCCAUGGGCGCCCAGCGCCAGGAGGUGAUUGCGAACAUGGAGGCCAUGGGUUUCGAACGUGCUCAGAUCGACGCCGCCAUGCGUGCCGCCUUCUACAACCCCGACAGAGCCGUCGAGUACCUGCUGAACGGCAUCCCCGAUAGCGUUCAAGAGGAGCAGCAGCAGCGACAGGCUGCCGCUGCUGCCCAGCCCGCCCAGCCCGCCACCGGUGCUGCCGGCGGCGACGACGAUGGAAACGUCAACCUUUUCGACCUAGCCGCCCAGGCUCGCGGUGGCGGUGGCGGUGGACGUGGAGCCUCCGCCGGUGGCAACACCCAGGCUGCCGCUGCCGCUGCCGCCGCGGCUGCCGCCCAGGGUGGUUUCGGCAAUCUGGACUUCCUCAGAAAUAACGCCCAGUUCCAGCAACUGCGCCAGGUCGUCCAGCAACAGCCCCAGAUGCUGGAACCCAUCCUGCAGCAGCUCGGCGCCGGCAACCCCCAGCUUGCCCAGCUCAUCGCCAACAACCCCGAUCAGUUCCUGCAGCUCCUCGGUGAGGAGGUCGACGACGACGUUCCUCUGCCCCCCGGUGCGCAAGCCAUCCAGGUCACCGAGGAGGAGCGUGACGCCAUCGAACGGUUAUGCCGCCUCGGCUUCGACCGCGACGCCGCCAUCCAGGCUUACUUCGCCUGCGACAAGAACGAGGAGCUCGCGGCGAACUUCCUGUUCGACCAGCCCGACGACGAUGAAGGGCCCCAGAACUAAGCCGAUCCGCUACGACCGCAUGAUUACACAUUCUAUGACAGACACGCAAGACUCAGGGAUUGCCGGACGGUGUUGACUGGGUAACAACGACUCGAGGGAGACUUUAGGAUACCUAGUCGCGACGACAGGAUCCAUGUCAGCAUGGGCACGGGGCCGCCGUCCUCAUUAUUCGUGGAGUUAGAUUCUUUUCCCAAGAGCCGGCGCGGAGGCAGGUCGGCUGAGGACGACAUGCGGGGGUUGACUUGCACACAUACGGAGGUCGCAUGUCGCGCGCAGUUGCAACGUACAUGCUUGUCUGUGGCCAGGAGUGCUCCCGUUCCGGCUUGAAAGAGAGCGCGGCGUUAAACCUAGGUAGCCAGACCAGGUAGUACCAACUAAUUCAACUUUCCAAUGCCAUUUCUCGUCACAGUGUUGCCUGGAUACUUGGCCUCAGUGACGCUGCUGCCUAUGAUUUGGCC